AUGGCUCCCGCCUCUCACGACCACAUCCUGACGCUCUCGUGCCCGGACAAGUCCGGCAUCGUCCACGCCGUGACGGGGGUGUUUGCGGCCGAGAAGCUCAACAUCCUGGACCUCCAGCAGUUCUCCGACCCCGUAUCGGAAAAGUUUUUCAUGCGUGUGCACUUUGGGCCGACCGAGUCCGAGUCGACGGAGCACCUCAAGGGCCCGUUCGACGCCCUCGCCGCCGAUCUCCAGCUGGACUGGUACCGCAUCCGGCCCGUCGCCCGGAAGCUGCGCACCCUGAUCAUGGUCUCCAAGAUCGGACACUGCCUCAACGACCUCCUCUUCCGCGCAAAGUCGGGCCAGCUGCCCAUUGACAUCCCCCUCAUCGUCUCCAACCACAACGAGUACCAGGGCCUGGCCGGCAACUACGGCAUCGACUUCCACCACUUGCCUGUCAACAAGGACACUAAGGCUGAGCAGGAGGAGGCUAUCCUGCGCCUGGUCAAGGAGAACGACAUUGAGCUCAUCGUCCUGGCCCGCUACAUGCAGGUCCUGUCACCCAAGCUGUGCGAGGCCAUGUCCGGCAAAAUCAUCAACAUCCACCACUCCUUCCUGCCAUCUUUCAAGGGCGCGAAGCCCUACCACCAGGCCUACGAGCGCGGUGUCAAGAUCAUUGGCGCGACGGCCCACUUCGUCACGGCUGACCUGGACGAGGGCCCGAUUAUUGAGCAGCGCAUUGCUAGAGUUGACCACUGCAUGAGCCCCAAGGACCUUGUCGAGGAGGGAUCCAAUAUUGAGAGCCAGGUUCUGGCUGCCGCAGUCAAGUGGACUGCUGAGGGACGCGUGUUCCUCAACAAGACCAAGACGGUUGUUUUCAAUUAG